AUGUUAAACCACACUCAAAGAAGAUGUUUCUCGGUAGCAUCUAGAUUCUUAUUUAAGAAUGAAAUACGACCAGCAGUUACACCUCGUGAUUUAAAAAAAGGGGAUGUUAAAACAUUUGAAAGAAAUUUCCCCAUUGAUCAAGAUGAUCAAAAACCAUGGGAUAAAAGAAAUAUGUCAAAAGAUGAUUUCUUUAGAAGAAAAUAUGCAAAUAUAAGUGAUGAAUAUCGUGAGAAAUUAAAUGAAAAGGUGGCAAGACAAAGAAGAAUGAGAGAAAUGAGAUCACAUCAAGAAUAUGAAGAACGUCAAGAAAUUAGAGAACGAGCAAGAGAAGAAAGAAGAAGACAUCAAAAACCCUAUAGUAGAUAUGCAACUGCUUUUAAUCCAUUGUUUGAAUAUGUAUUUGGAACUCAUGCAGUUAAGUCUGUUCUUCAAGCAAAUAAACGGGUUUGUAAUGCAUUAUAUGUUUAUAAUUGUAAAGAUUCUGAAUUAAUUAAAUUGGCAAAAGAAAAACAUGGAAUAAGAGUUAUAGAAGCCGAAGAUAAAAAUGAAUUAAAUGUCUUAAGUAAGAAUGGUGUACAUAAUGGGGUUGUAUUGGAAACUAAAGGGUUAGAUUUACCUGUUAUUAGUUCAGUUGGAGAAUCUGAAAAUGGAGAAUAUAAAUUAAACAUUCAUAGUGAUGAAGACAAUUCUAUAAUUGAAGUCAUUAAACCAGUCACAAGACCAGUAGUUGAAGAUCCAACAAAGACACUUCAUCCAUUAGCUUUAUUUUUAGAUGAAAUUCAAGAUCCUCAAAAUAUGGGUAAUAUUGUUAGAACAGCAUAUUUCUUAGGGGUUGAUUUUAUCGUUGUUCCAAAUCAUUCAAGUGCAAAAUUGGGUGGGGUUGCCAAUAAAGCCUCGGCUGGUGCUUUAGAUAUGAUGGAUAUAUAUCAAACAAGUAAUACUUUAAAGUUUGUUACUGAUGUUCGUGCUAAAGGUUGGCACGUGAUAAGUACUAGUGGUACACCAGAUUCAAUUGAAGAUAAGAAUCUUCAACGUAAGAAUAAUACUACUUAUCAAGAAUUAAAGGGUAAAUUUAUAGAAUUAUCUGAUUUAAGAAUGAUAUUAAAUAAAACUCCUGUUAUGUUAGUUAUUGGUAGUGAAGGUGAAGGAGUUAGAACCAAUAUUAAACUUAGAUCAGAUUAUCUUGUUGGUAUACCAAAGGGAAGAGAAGGUGAUGCCAUAGUAGACUCAUUGAAUGUGGUUGUUGCUACUGGUAUAGCCAUUGCCAAUUGUAUUUAG